GUCCCUCUGCUGCUGGAAAUUUGGGGGCUCCAAGAAAACACCACCCGCAUCCGCAUCAAGGAGCUGAACCCCCUUCGCCCCCGUUUCGAGGUCCCCGACGUUUUGGUGGCCGAGCCCCCGGUUGAACGGUUGGAAGUGACUGGAAGGGACGAAGGGAGCUUGGAGUUAUCCCUGGGGCCGGGGGGGCACCGGAUUUUGGUGACGGAAAAGCCUUUUCGUUUGGAUUUGUUGCGGGGGAGGGAGCUGCUCUGCAGCGUCAACGCUCGGGGCCUCCUCUUCUUCGAGCACCUUCGGCCUCGUCGGGAUUCGGACCCCCCCAAAGAUGACACCCCGUCUCCCGACGUGGGGCAGGAGGAAGGGGCCGGUGGGACGGAGGACAACCAGGGCGAGAAGCCCCCAGAGACCCCCCCGGAAGAAGAACCAGGCUCUUGGGAGGAGACUUUUAAGACCCACACGGACACCAAACCCAACGGACCCACAUCAGUGGGGCUGGACUUCUCCUUACCCGGCUUCGAGCACGUUUACGGCAUCCCCGAACACGCUGACAACCUAAGGCUCCGAACCACCGAGGGGGGGGAUCCCUAUCGUCUCUACAACCUGGACGUCUUCCAGUAUGAGCUUUACAACCCCAUGGCCCUUUACGGCUCCGUCCCCUUCUUGGUGGCCCACAGCUCUCGACGAACCUUGGGCAUCUUCUGGCUCAACGCCGCCGAGACUUGGGUGGACAUCAGCUCCAACACCGCCGGCAAGACUCUUUUUGGGAAGUUGAUGGAUUAUAUGCAAGGAGGAGGAGAAACGCCCCAAACCGACGUGCGUUGGAUGUCGGAAAGCGGAAUUAUCGACGUCUUUUUGCUUCUGGGGCCUUCCCCCACCGACGUGGCACGACAAUACACCGCCCUCACCGGUACCCAAUCCUUGCCCCCCCUUUUCGCCUUGGGUUACCACCAGAGCCGUUGGAACUACAACGACGAGGAGGACGUGGCGGCGGUGGAGCGGGGUUUCGAGGAGCACGCCGUCCCCUGCGACGUCCUCUGGUUGGACAUCGAACACGCCGACGGCAAACGUUACUUCACUUGGGAUCCCAGCAAGUUCCCUCAACCCCGCGCCAUGUUGGAACGCCUGGCCGCCAAGAAACGCAAGAUGGUGAGCAUCGUGGACCCCCACAUCAAGGUGGACAACGGGUAUCGCGUCGUUGUUGUGGGGGGGCCCCCCACGUUGACCUCCAUCUUGUCUCCAGGCUCGGCGGCCUACCCCGACUUCACCAACCCGGAGAUGCGUGCGUGGUGGGCUUCCAUGUUUGCCUACGACCAAUAUGAG